AUGUCUUCGCAAAAAGCCUGUUACGUGUGUGGUAAGAUCGGUCAUUUGGCCGAAGAGUGUGGUUCCGAGAGACUUUGUUACAACUGUAACCAGCCGGGUCAUGUUCAAUCCGAGUGCACCAUGGCCAAGACGGUUGAAUUUAAGCAAUGUUACAACUGUGGGGAAACUGGCCACGUCAAGUCUGAGUGCAGCACUCCCCGUUGCUACAACUGCAAUGAAACUGGCCACAUAUCAAGAGAAUGUCCGAGCCCCAAAAAAGCGUCCAGAUUGAGCGCUGGCAGCGGCAGCAGUGGUCCUAAGGGCUCCAAAGUGUCUUGCUACAGAUGCGGUGGACCCAACCACAUGGCUAAGGACUGCUUGCAGUCGGAAGCCAAGUGUUACGCUUGCGGCAAGACUGGCCACAUCUCUAGAGACUGUGCUGGAGGUUCCUCCGCCAAGACCUGCUACAACUGUAACGAGGCUGGCCACAUCUCCAAGGACUGCCCUGUGGCUUAA